AAAGCUCAUGCUACAACUUCUUUUGUAUAGUUAGCCUCACAGGUGCUACAAGGUCCCUUUGCAGACUGAUAUUCCAGACUAACACGGCUAUGUUUCUGAAUUCUCCCAGCAUGCUAAGUGUAGAUAUGUGUAAUAAACAAAUCUGAUGCCAUUUUAAAAAAUUAUAAACUACUAAUGAAAUGGCCACAUUUCAUUAGUAAUGUCGGGAGGCAAUGUUAGUGAGUUUGUAUGUGAUGGAAGACAUGUAAAGAUGAGUGCAUGGAAGCAGGCAUGUGCGUGCAGGAAUUCAUACAUUUCUGUCCUUAAGUUUUCAUUUUGUUUAACCUCCUGUCUUCUUUUGCCUCCUCAGGAAUACAGACAAGGUGGCAUGCUACACUUGUAAGAAAAGACUCAGUCCCAAACAGUUUCAUCAUGAUAAAGCAGCAGAAAAUGAUGUGCUGAUCACACAUGUUGCUUGCCCAACUUUUGACUGCCCUUGGACUGGAACCCUGAAAACAUACCAGGAACAUGUUUGCCCUCCUGUGGUGUCUCCUGAAACUGCAAGGAAAACGACCUUUGAUCUUGGAGAACAAGAUAUUGAAGAAGAAGCGAGACCUUGUUGGAGAAUCAGGAGCCCUAUCAUGGGUGAGACUGCCUUGAAUGUGGACAGUGUCCAAAUGCGUGUGGAAGCCCUGGAGCUGAUGGUGUUGUCCCUGCGCCGGCAGCUGGCUAGCCAAGGGACUGUGGUUAAGUCUCUCCAACACAGCUGCUCCCAAUAUGAAAAGCUAUUGAGAAUGUCUCAGGACAGAAACAACUCUCCUUGUGGAACCAGAGGGUCUGGGCCGACAAUGCCAGAGCUGGUCAGCACUGACGGAACCCUAGUGUGGAAGGUGGAGAACUUUUCCAAACUCAUGAAGGAGGCCAAAGCUGGCAAAAGGCGUUCCAUAUAUUCCCCUGCCUUUGCCACUCACACUUUUGGAUACCACCUCUGUGUCCGGCUGUACCCUGACGGAGACGGCAUUGGCCAGGGUGGCCACCUUUCCCUCUUCCUCACCUUGGCCAAGGGGCCCUAUGAUGACAUCCUACCUUGGCCCUUCCGGCAAAAGGUCACUUUCUUUCUCCUGGACCCAAAAAGGAAGAAAUCACCUAUCAUAGAGACUUUCCUCCCGGAUCCUCACAGCGACUCCUUCCACCAGCCUCGGGAGAGACUGAAUGUGGCUAGUGGAAGUCCCCUUUUUGCUAGCCAUGUUGAGAUUCCCAGCUACAUUAAAGACGACACGCUGUACCUAAAAGUAGUGGUGGAUUUGGCAGGGAUGGAAAUUUGAGACUGGAAGGCAGUGGAGAUGUACAAAGAGAAUUUAAUAAUUCUUCUCUGCUCUUCAACCCCUACUCGGCCUUCUCCUUCCAAGGUGCCCAUCAACUUUUUCUGAUGUUCAUCACCUCUGUUGUUAAAACCCCAACAAUAGCAAGUUUGUCCACUACAAUUCUUAAUCUAAUAUGAAUACAACUACCUCUUGGGAGUCUAAAAUUUGCACAUCAUUUGGGUUGUGGAUUGUGGGAUAUCAAUCCCUGAUUCACUCUCAGCUAGAAUUUUGAGGAUCUUCUGGAACUCGUAGAGUGUUUCUAGCCCGUGCAAUUCUUUUAAUGGGCAAAGUUUGGACAAUGUGCAUUGGUUAAAUAUGUAAUAAUAAUAAUAAUAAUAAUAAUAAUAAUAAUAAUAAUAAUAAUUUAUACCCCACUCUUCAGCCAAAAGGCUAUCAGAGCGGCUUACAGUUUGUUAAUUAGACAUUUCCCUGCCCUCAGGCUUACAAUCUAAAAAACCAAUAGACCAUCUGGAGGGGGCUCUUCACGGCUACAGGUUUAGGGUAGUAUCUUGAAUCAUUGGCCAAACUGAUCCAAAUCACACAAUUUGAGUUUUCUUGUUAUGAUGCUUCAGAUUUAUUUUAAUAUAUUUCAUUUUAAAAGAUACAGUACCAAGAUUGGGAAGAUUUUCUUUUGAUGUUUUCUUGCAAUCACAUCCAAGUGUUGCGAGUUUUAAGUGCAAAAUAUGCGGCUCUUGUGGGGCUCAGUAUGUGUGUGUUUUUUAAAGUGUGUUCUCCUAUUGCUUGCCAGUAGGGUAUGACUGAGUAUAUGACAUUUUGAAAUACAGAUUUUUUUAUUUGUGAUUGAUUAUUUCUAUAGUGCUUAUUAAAGGACCAAAGGGGCUUUGCAAUAAUCACUAGGGAUUUCACAACAUGCAUCCUUAGACAUGACUGUUCUUUCUACCUCGCAUUUCAUUAAUUAACAUGAUAUUUAUUGAAUAUUUAUUUUAUAACAACUCUAUACUGUUAUACAAAUUGUGAUAUUAAAUAAUAUUUUUAUGAUUGA